AUGGCCGACGUCUUCCCAGCCCCGGAGCCCGGCUCGGGUCCCGACGCGGCGCGCCGCUUCGCCCGCAAAGGGGCCCUCCGGCAGAAGAACGUGCACGAGGUGAGGGACCACAAAUUCAUCGCGCGCUUCUUCAAGCAGCCCACCUUCUGCAGCCACUGCACCGACUUCAUCUGGGGGUUCGGGAAACAAGGAUUUCAGUGCCAAGUUUGCUGCUUUGUGGUCCACAAGAGGUGCCAUGAAUUUGUUACCUUUUCUUGUCCUGGGGCAGACAAGGGGCCUGACACUGAUGAUCCCAGAAGCAAGCACAAGUUCAAAAUCCACACAUAUGGAAGCCCAACAUUUUGUGACCAUUGUGGGUCAUUGCUUUAUGGACUUCUGCACCAGGGGAUGAAAUGUGACACCUGCGAUAUGAAUGUUCACAAACAAUGUGUAAUAAAUGUCCCAAGUCUUUGUGGAAUGGAUCACACAGAAAAAAGAGGGAGGAUCUAUUUGAAGGCUGAAGUGAAUGGGGACAAGCUGGAAGUCACAGUGCGAGAGGCAAGAAAUCUAAUUCCUAUGGAUCCAAAUGGACUUUCAGAUCCUUAUGUGAAGCUGAAACUUAUUCCAGAUCCUAAGAAUGAAAGUAAACAAAAAACAAAAACCAUCCGUUCCACCCUUAAUCCACAUUGGAAUGAGACAUUCACAUUUAAAUUAAAGCCUACAGACAAAGACAGAAGGUUAUCUGUAGAAGUCUGGGAUUGGGAUCGAACAACUAGGAAUGAUUUCAUGGGGUCGCUUUCUUUUGGGGUCUCAGAACUCAUGAAAUCACCAGCAUGUGGAUGGUACAAGCUCCUCAGUGAAGAAGAAGGCGAGUAUUACAAUGUUCCAAUACCAGAAGCUGAUGAUGAUGGAAAUGCAGAACUGAGACAAAAGUUUGAGGGUAAAAGAAAGGUCCAAGAUAAGAAAGCCAAACUUGGACCUUCAGCUAACAAAGUCAUAUCACCAGUCGAAGACCAAAGCAGUCAUUUGCCAUCCAAUAAUCUUGAUCGGGUUAAGCUGACCGAUUUCAACUUUCUCAUGGUCCUUGGAAAAGGGAGCUUUGGGAAGGUGAUGCUGGCAGAACGGAAGGGAACAGAAGAACUGUAUGCCGUCAAAAUACUGAAAAAAGAUGUGGUGAUUCAGGAUGAUGAUGUAGAGUGUACCAUGGUUGAAAAGAGAGUCUUAGCCUUGCAGGAUAAGCCCCCUUUCCUAACAAUGCUUCAUUCUUGCUUCCAAACUGUGGAUCGCCUGUACUUCGUCAUGGAAUAUGUGAAUGGUGGUGACCUCAUGUACCAUAUCCAGCAAGUAGGAAAAUUUAAGGAGCCCCAGGCAGUAUUCUACGCAGCAGAGAUCUCUGUGGGACUUUUCUUUCUCCAUAAAAAAGGAAUAGUUUAUCGGGAUCUGAAAUUAGAUAAUGUAAUGUUGGAUCAUGAAGGACACAUCAAAAUUGCAGAUUUUGGGAUGUGCAAGGAAAAUAUGAAUGAAGGAGUACUGACAAGGACAUUCUGUGGGACGCCAGAUUACAUUGCACCUGAGAUCAUUGCUUAUCAGCCAUAUGCAAAGUCAGUGGACUGGUGGGCCUAUGGGGUACUGCUAUAUGAGAUGCUAGCUGGACAGCCUCCAUUUGAUGGUGAAGAUGAAGAUGAGCUCUUUCAGUCGAUAAUGGAACAUAAUGUUUCUUAUCCAAAAGCAAUGUCCAAAGAGGCUGUGUCCAUUUGCAAGGGGUUAAUGACUAAGCACCCUGCAAAACGUCUUGGCUGUGGGCCUGAAGGGGAGAGAGACAUCAGGGAGCAUGCCUUCUUUAGAAGAAUUGACUGGGAGAGACUAGAAGGCAGAGAGAUACAGCCUCCGUUCAAGCCUAAAGUGUGUGGCAAGGGUGCUGAAAACUUUGACAAGUUCUUUACCAGAGGACAGCCAGUGUUAACGCCGCCUGAUCAGCUGGUCAUUUCUAACAUAGACCAAACAGAUUUUGAAGGGUUCUCCUAUGUCAACCCACAGUUUAUACAUCCGAUGUUGCAGAACGUAGUAUGAAAAUGAUAGACACAAAAAUCACUCAGUGAAAAUGGUCCUUAACCCUGGAGUUUUUAGACCUUUGCCUUGUUGAUUCCAUUUGGGUCUGAAAAUUGUAGGGGUAAGAAGUAAGGAAAACUAUUGAGGUUUACAAUAAGGAAUGUGGUCUUAGCAGAUCACCACAUAGUACCCCAUGUAUUCAUCUAGGAAUCACUGCUGCUUUUAGGUUACUCUUAUGAAGCUAGCCUUUGUCGUUUUUAUAACUUCUAUUGUAUCCCUUUGUAGCCUGUACAUCUCAAAUCUUCUUCAAGGGUUGAUAGCAAAUGUAAGAGUAUCAUGUAGGCUUUGGAAAAAAUCCUUAGUCAUAAAAAACAACAUUAAGUGGCUAUGAAAUGUUGCAUGCACAGCCAUGUGGGACCAGCCUUCUCAUUGGUCUGCCUGGUGUCACAUGAUAGGAUGAAUGAUUGGAUAAUAACAGGCCUGAAAAUGUAUAUUGAUUGGAAAGGAGUGAAUGUAGGAACAGAGGAAGUUCAAGUUGAGCAGGUACAUAUUCAAACAAAUAAUGAACAAAACAGGUCCAUAAGGUCUUUCAAAAUCAGUUGAUCAAAAUGGAGGCACAUGUAUAAAGGUUUGGUUAGGAAAUGGGAAAGCUAGACAGGUAGGGUUAAUACUAACUAGAACUUCUGGUGGACUAGCUUAAAGGUAAACUGCAUAAUACUGAUACAUGUAUUAAUUUUAAUCUCCAUGAGAUUAUACUGUAAUCCAGGGUGCCAUUUUACUGCUUAAUUUAUGCCACUACUCAAGUUUAUCAUUAUGCCAAUUCUAAUGCUUUAUUCUAAAAUGUUUCUUUCUUUGACUCUGAAAAAAAUCUGCAAGCCCCAAGUCCUCAAUUUUUACUUAUUUAUUUAGUAAACUGCAUGAUAGAUUUAAGGUAUGGAAAGUAUUUGUACAGUAAAUUAAUAAAAAUGCAGAGUUCAGAGUCAUUCCCCUCUUUUCCCAAGAUACUUAAGAAGUGUUUUUUUAAAGAAAUAUAUAUAGCAUUUAACUUUGGUUUAAGAGACCUGGAACCACAGAAAACUUAGUGAGAAUUAAACAGCAACUUGAAGAUGUGUUCUUCAGCUGCAGUUGUCUUGGUUGAAGUUGCUGAAUAUGCAUCAUGCAAUGAAUUUUGCAUGUUUAUUAAUAAUAAUAAGCAUUAAGUGAAUCUAUAUUAUGGAUAAUAUAUCAGGUAUGAAGAUAAUGAUAUACAUUUUUAUAAGGCACAGCUGUGCUAUUUGUGAAGAUUCUUGUUCCGGAUGACCUUUGAUUUAGAUUUAGCUUAAUGUUUUAUUAUUACUAUUCUUUUGUUUUUGUUUGGGUUUCUUUUAAGUUCUCAAUAUUGAUAGUUUAGGGAAAUCUAUGCUUUAUUCUUAUGUAGGUUUACUGUUAAAUGUAAUGGCUACCUGCAGGCUUUCUACAACACUUUGACCACGGUCAAAAGCUGUGUGCACCACUUUUGCACUGUUAAAAGCUCCCCCCACAACCCCGAAACUGUGAGUGUUGGGUAUCUUACCUACCCCCAGGGCUUCCCUUUCUUGCACCAAAUCCCCAUAUCACCUUUUGGCCCUAGGCAGUUGGAAGGGCAGUUUGAGGGCUUUGUCUUGCAAGGAAGCAACUGGCUCUCUGCUCAGACCAAGUAAGGCUGGAAAGGUAUGGCUUUCAAGCAUGGCUUGAAAGGCAGACGAGGUGAGUGGUUGCUACCCAUCCCUUAAUUUAAAAAAAUAAGAAGGAUAGGUCAAAACUAUAAUUAACAGAGGUUUCCCUGUAGAGUUCCAGGCUUCUUAUUUUGAAUUGUUUGUCUUCCCCUUCCCCCUUUCACUUUUUCCCUAGAAGGUGCUGAUUUUUAAGAUCAGUAAAUACGUAUUUCCUUUUUUGGCAUGGAAGGUGGUACCCUCUUCCCCUUUAAUGUUUCCCUUCUUAAUAUUCGUAAACGUAGAUGCUGAAUGUCUGCAUGUCAGUGUCAGGAUCUUGCUGUACAGAGGGCCCUCUGCCUGCCAUUUCUGCUGCAUGGAGAGUGCAAUCUCAGAGUGAAAUAAAUCGCCACGAAUGGGGUUCCUCAUUUUAUUAAAAGAUUACUUUUACAGUACAGUUUUCAACUGUGCCAAAAAAGAUCGUCAGUCGCCCAUUACAAGCUCUUGAGACUCGCAAUUCCCUGAGGAGCUGUGCAAGGGUCGUUUCCCAUGCAUUGUCUUGCCUUCUCUGGGAGCCCGUUGGCGUUGGGGAAAGCAUGCACUGGGCUACCUGUUUGCUCCAUGUAUGUGUGUGUGUGCACAUGUGGUGGGCCCCUUUGCUCAUCACAGCUCUCGAGAGGCGUGCAAGCCUAUAAAGAACUGGGUGCACCUAUUUGUACAUGACCGUACAUGGUUUCCCCCACACCUGUAUGCAAAAGGCAUUUGUGAAAGGCCCCACACCUGCAUGUCCGCUGUGCCCCACACGGGCCACGAGAGCACGUUGCAGCCCAAGCAAUUCAGGAUGUGUAAAAUGCUCCUCAUUUAAUCCUUAAGUGAGGAGAAGGUGCGGCAAAAUUGAAUGCAAUAUAAAUUUAUUGUAUACGCAUUUAUUUCGAGGGCAUUCCCCCCAAAUCUUAAAUGGGAUACAUCCAUGUGAUUGGCAUAGAUUUCCUGCCACAAUACAGGCACAUUUGCUAGCACAGUGCCCACUUCCAGUGUUCUAAGUGACCACAGGGAAGUAAAAAAAGACCUAGGAAAAUGUGCUACUGCACUAAGUAUUUGCUCAGAUUAGCAGUUGCGAACCAGCUAAAUGGACAGCAAUCUCAGAGGUGGAAAUCACAAAAUGAAGGGGCAUCCAGAAAGGCAUUAAACACCAGGGGACGUUUGUGCCAUAAAGUGAGACUGACAUAUGAAAGGUGUAACAGAAACAGUAUUGAUCUGGCUCCUGGGAUACACGGCAGUUCAGCAUGGGCGAUUUCAGCUGUCAUGACCGACAGCACCCCUGCUGAAAGACACUGGACAGCCACCCGAGUGGGAUGGUGUACCGUGGCGUCCUGCAACAGCAGGGGCCUGGACCCGAUGGCCUUCAUGGCCCUGGCCAGCUCUGCUAUUCUAUGAUUCUGCGUGAGCCAUUCUGCAUACACAGCCCCUGAUUAGAGGUUGUUUUGUCAUCCAGGCCUGGCCCUCAGGAAUUAUGUGAUGGCUAAACCACCCUAGGCAUUUUUGAACCCUGGCAAUACCCUGGAGCACCAGGUUCAAUUGACAUGACAAGUCCCUAAAGAGAGUGGCAUGUCCAAAAUGGCACCUGGCAUAUGCUGAGGCUCCUUGAGGGUCGUUUAAUCCCAGAUGCCUGUCGUGUCAUUUGAGCUGGCCUACUUUGAAGAAGAGGCAUUUUAAACAGGAGCUGCUGAUUUUGAUAUCCUCUAACUAUAAAAAGUAGUAGAAACAUGUAAAAGGCCAGACAACUAUUACACAUGAAAAUAUUAGAACUACUAGCACUUUAAAUAUUUUACAGUUCAGGUAGUCUGUUAACUUUUGACACCAACUCACUGCACUCUUUGUCUUUUUUUCUAAAAAAAAAUUCACCACCUUAGAGAUUUUGCCAUUAUUGAACAAGAUAAUUCUGAAUGCCCAGUUUUAACGCUUGUAGCUUAUCUAUAAUUGGCGCAGCAUAGCAAAAUUAAACAUUUAAUUUUUCAAGAAGUGCCCCAUUUACUCAGUACAUUUGUUGCCAUUGGCAGAGCACAACUUUUGUAGUGAUAGCACUUUCCAGAGCACAGUUAAUUUAAAUAACUGUCCGUCCACAUUCUGAGAAGUAAUACAUUUCAGGGCAUAUUUUGUUCACCGCAGUUCUCAUUUUCUCCAAUGCCUCAACACAGUCUUGCAUAGUGAGACCUGUUCCAGUGGGGGUGCGUUGGGGUGGAAACACUAAUACAGUGCCAACAAUGCAAAUGGUACUUUUACGGAGCAAGAGAAAGAAGACACCUCUCUCCCCUGAGGAGCUGAUGGUCUAAACUCUGGGAUCUGAAUACCCCUUCUCCAAGGGGAUGGACUAUAGGUCAGUAGAAAAGCAUCUGCUUUGCAUGUCGAGGGUUCCAGUGCAAGAGGGGCAGGUUGCAGCUGACAGAGAAGAGCCUCUGGAGAGCUGCAUCCAGGCAGAGUAAGCACAGACGGGGGUUCACACUGCAGCCCAUCAUAGGUGGUGGUAUGUGCCAUGUGCCAGUGGGCAUUUUAAAUAUUCAACCCUCUAUGGGACGCAUGGGCUGUCAUGUCAUUCAGACCCAAGUAGCAGGCAUUGUGUGCGAGUUAAACACUCCUCAAAUAACUCAUCAUCUUGUCUAGCCCCAGCAUCGAGCUGUCUGGGUAAAGGCUGGGUCCAGGAGGCCUUUUCCCUAGCGGGAAGGUGCCGCUGGUGGAGUUGUUCUUUGUUCUUUCCUCCUGUAGCUUUGCAGAAGAGAUGAGCGGGUGCUCCAGGCAGAGGGCUGCAGGAGAGGAGAGGGCAUGGAAGACCUGUGCCCCCAGUAGCGCCUUUCCCUAUAAGCCAUGAAGCUGCUCAGUCCAGCCCAAAUACUCUGAUCUGGUGUGCUCCUGUGGUGGUGAGUGCUAGAUAACGAAGAGAUGAUGGGCAGUUGCGCAAAGGAAAUAAGAGCACUUCGAAAAGAACAGCCAAAUGAAACAAUAGUAGAUAGAGGAUGAUAGGAACUUAACUUUGUAGCACUGCUAUAAAUGUGUAAUAUCAAGCUGUAUCACUGAUGAACUUAUUUCUGAGCCCUCUUAAGUUUGACUCAGUAGUUCUUCUCUGUGUUAAGCUGCUUAAUGCAUACUGGACCAAUGCACUAGAAAAUAAUUAGCCGCUUACUGGUACUUUGAUGUGCGCCAGCAUUUGCCCAGCCAGCAGAAGAACAAUAUUCUUUGUUCUUGCUCUUUUUAAAGGCCCAGCAUUGGCCUAAAGUGAUAUGCUCACUGCCAGCCCAUCUGCUAUUCCUCUUUUUUGACAAAAGCAAGAGUUUCUUAGUUAUAUAAACCAUCCAGCCCUUUAACAAAGCAGCAGGACAGCACAUUAACAAGGUGCUAUUAGGACUUGUACCUAAAACAUAUUCACACAGAAAACAUAUUUAAACACACCCGCAGCAUGUAUUCCUUAACCAAAACCAGUUUUAGACAUCUGCAUGUCUGCUGAAAAAUAUUUAAAUGAUGCCAGUACAAACUCACCGAUUCCUGUAAGAGUUGGCUCAAAAUAGCUGUACUCCUGUUUCUAACUUAAGGAGUGAUGCAUGCUUAACUUGAUUUCAUGAAAUAAAGACUUAACACACUCAGGAACCUUCGACUUAGACUUCUGUUCAGUCAUCUGUGGAAUCAUAUUGGCUGAGAGUUAAUCAGGAUUUUAGGAACCAUUCGUUCACAGAAGAGAGAUCUGCUCCAGUGUUUAGAACCAUUUAUGCAAGGCAAAAUUGUAGGAACACCAACCAUCAAAGAUGGCCCACACUGAAGUGCACUGGUUAUUUGGCUGCCUGGCUGGCUUGUUUGUGCAUAGGGGCAUCCAUAAGUGCUCUCUUGCACUCUUCCCGCCACUCAGCAGCCUCAGCAGCCUCCUGCAAGCAGAGCUGUGGUCACAGAACAUGGCUGCUGUCUGGAAGGGACUAGCCCAAAUGGGUCUUCAGCAUCACUUGCGUUUCACCUGAUUAUUUCUGUCUACUUAUGAAAUACAAGUGAGUCUUUUUCGGCCAAACUCAACACAGGUACACUAAUAUAGUAAGGGGAAAGUACUCACACAGUACUUUCAUUGAGGAUUCAUUCCCACCAAAGAUUUUGAGAAAAAAUAAUGAUAUGAUUUGUUACCUAUGUUGUCUCACUCAUUGGAAUUAUAUAAUUGUCACAGCUUUUUUGUAUCUCUUUGCAUCAUGUGUGUUGCACAAACAGCAACAACAACAAUGGUAGCUAUGUUCUGCUCAACCAAAAAAAGUUUGUUUGCAAUACACUAGAAUGCAAAAUCUGGUAAUUAAAAUCUCCUUGAAAUUCAUAACCAUAAAAUCUAUUUGAAACACUUAAAGUAAAUUGACAGUGAUUUAGCACUGAUAAGAAUGACCAUAUAAUCAACUGAUAUCUGUGCCAGGAAAACUUGGCAUUUAUACAGCCUUACAGUGAAUAAGCAAGCAUGCACUUAAAAACCCUCCUAUUGAUACAACAAUCUGCAGUGGGAGGGAGCACAUAUAGAUGUUCUUAUAUUUGUAUUGCAGUUUUGGGAUUAGGAACAAUGGAUUACUUUUCUCAGUUCUGCUAAUGACUCCCCUUGUGGCCUUGGGCAAGGUACUGAACCCUUCUGCCUCAGUUUUCCCAUCUGUAAAAUGGGGAUAAUAAUAUUAAUAUGCCUCACAGCCUGUUGUGAGAGCUGUUUAGUUGUUGUUCCUUGUGCACUUCUAAUACGAAAACCCUAUAAAAAUAUUACACUUUUUAAUAUGAAAUCAGUUGAUUCAAUUUACACGGUUUGAUGAAUAUGUUGUGCUGUUUGUACUUUUUAUACGACUUUACUAGCACUUCUGGGGGGAAAAUACCAAACUUAAUGUCUUACAGGAUCUGAAGUACAGCUUAGUUCCUGCCAAGCAAAAUGCUGCUUUUGCAAAAUCAUGUAGACAGUUUUCCUACAAGCAAAAUUCAAACUGUGCAUAAAUAGAAAUCUUUGCAUCAUUGAUUCCUGAAGGAGUAUUUUUUUCCAGUUAAGGAAAUGUGAUACCAUAGGUAUUUACUAGCAAUGUUCCAUAAAGCACUGGAAGUGCGGCAGACCCCAGUGUGGGGGCGGGAUUCCUUUUGAAAACAAGGAACAAAUAUCUCUCUGCUGGUAAUUUAGGUUGGCCCCACAACUGAUCAUUGUGAUUAUUCAUAAAAAAGCAAUUUUAUUUCUAUCAGUGGCUCACCUGAGGAGAAGCAUAGGAAAGGGUGUUCCAAUCUUGCGUCAAGCAGCAGCUCGAGCAUAUUGGGAGUUUUGUACCGAAUCUCAUUUUUAAACUCAUAAAUUCCACCGGGAAUUUCUCCUAUGCAAAUCCCAUUCCGCAAAAGCACACAGACAUCCGCCCCUCUCCAGUGCCCUUGAGUACUUCCAGUGCAAAGCAGGUCUUCCCACUCACUUCUUGGUAUUUCCACAGUUUUCCCUUCCAUCAGUGUGAAACAGGAAGCCCUUGCGGAGGGGCGGGAACUCUGCAUGCUCCACCUGAGCACCUGCAGGUCUGCCUGCGCCCAUCGGAAAUGUUGGGGUCAGGAUCACAGGGGUUCCUUUUAAGCAACCCCAAAUUCCCUCACAGUCAGCUGGCCUGCACAUGCUUGACUGCUAUACAAGGUAUUAAGCCUAGGAAUCUUCAAGCUGUACCUUUCUUUCCACUUCCUAGAUUAAUACAAACCAAUCUAACAUGAUGAAAUGUGAUUUUGUUCCCCACUAUGGUCAGAUGCAGUCCCUAAAUAUUGACUUUCCGGCAUGUAGUAAUGAGACCUAUCGCUUCAUGGUUUUUUCGGUAGUAACCUAUUUCUUUUCCUUUUUCUUUUUUCCCUUCUUUUUUUUCUAUUGUUAAAGGUCAGAGUCAAUAAAUCUUACAUUUUAUAUAUGAUGCCACUUUAAGGAGCAACAUUUCUAUAAGAAACAGAGGGAAAUGUUUUCUAAUUAUUUAACUGUAAGGUACAGAAAUGGAGAGGCCAUUCAUUUGCAGGGGGAAGUCUAAAAAAUAGACAAGAUUAAUGUACAAAUUGUUGCAUUUUUCCUUAAUCUUAACAAUUAUUCUUUGUUUGCAUGACAUUUUUGUUAAAUAUUAAUGAUAGUUUGAAAACAAGUGAAUAUGAAUAAAAAUACUGUUAAGUA